UGGGGGGAGGGGAGGUUGUUGUCAUUUGAAGGCAGAACACAAUAGGAGAAGGUGGUGUGUACCCGAGAGAUUUGGGAGGGAGAAAGUCUUUUUAUUUAAGCUUAUGUCCGAACAUUUGAAUCUGUACGUUUGAGGGUGGGGGAAAUAAACGAACAGGAAACGGGAGCAGAAUGGAGGCUCCACCUCGACGAUGCGGAGUGUAGGAAACGAAAGUGAAACUCGCCCGGACGGGUUUUAUGAAUAGGGGAGGUGGAGCUUCUUUUUAAUCAGUCAGCCAGUGUCUGGGGAGGCCUGUAAAUCCCCACCCGGGAGAGCAAAUCGUUCUCUCCAUUGUGACCAAACAGGGCGGAUCAGAAACAAAACUGAAACUGGGGCCUUGCUAUAGGGACGGUUCAAAACAGCAUCAAGCGCCGAGCAAGUGCAGCUUAUUCUGCUUAAAAGCAAGUGUACGCAGGUGAUUCGAUCGAUUGGACCAAGGUCCCAGUUCAAUCUGCAUGCCCUUUAGUGUGUCAGCAAAGGCAAGCAUACCCCACAGCUCGUAUUAAAGAGCUAUGAGCAGAGGUAGUGGCGGUGAUAGAAGAGCACAUAGAGGAAAAGCUAAAGGUUCUUAUCGAUAUAACCACCCUCACGAUCAGUACAGCUACAGUCAUCUGGCUUUCAACCCCUCAAUUCAAGGAACGGGAAUAGAUCAUUUUCGAAGCCAGCAGAUCCGGUUUCUCACGGGGCAGAUCUCACAGGCACCUGCCUUUGUGUAUCAGCAGCCGUACAGGAUCCAGGUGUCAUACCAGCAGAAGCAGCGGGUUUUCCGUCCGCCAGCCAAGAACUGGAACAACAACUUCAACCAGCAGCUGGUUAGGUAUCCCCAGCCCCAAGCUCCCCCUGUCCAGAAAGUGAAGAAGGACCCCAAGACUGAGCCGGAAUUAGAACACCUGUUCUCAAGGUUUGAGAAUAUCUCACUUGGUGGCAACGCUCGCCAGGAUAUCCUGUCUAUUUUGGGAAAACUUAGAUCGACAGAAAGAUUACCAGCGCGUCAGAUAGCCAGGCAGCUGUGCAUUCAGAAAAAAAUAGUCAACCGCAUCUUGUACGGUUUGCUGAAGGAAAACCUAGUGCAGAAGGAAGGUGCAUCAACCCCUCUGUGGCGCCUUGUGGGCCAAACAGAAACCAGAGAACAGGCUCGUGAAAGCAAGCGAUCAUCACCUGAGGGCAUAGCUUUACCUCUGCCACCCAAGGAAGAGCAGCAAGCUUCUGACGACGAAGACAGCACUGACAGUAACAUGACUGACCACUCCAACAUGGGAGAUGGUGAAACCCAAAAGAACAAAAUCUUCUCCUUCCUCUUGGAGAAGGAGAAGGCUACUGCCCUUGAGAUUGCCAAAAACAUUGGACUGAAGUCAGCUCGGCAAAUCAAUCCCACCCUUCACUUGUUUGAAAAUCAAGGUGAUCUCUACAAGGAGUCUGCAUUUCCACCGAUUUGGACCCUUUCAGACAGAAAGAAAGAAGUGCUGCUAAGGAAGAAAAAGCUACUUGAAUUGGGUGAGCCCAGAAUUGAAACUUUGGAGCGAAUACCUGUGACUGUUCAAGAUGAAAGUGAUGGUUCUCGAGAAGUCAUUGAAGAGGUCAAAGUCAAGGAAGAGGGGAGUGUAGGCAAUGGCCAGGCAGUUGCUCUUCAAGGGGAAGCAAAUGAUUUGCAUUCCCUGUCCACUUCUGCUCCGCUGCUGCUCGAUGUUAAGGUGGAGACCCAUAAGGCCAAUCAUGCUGAGGCAGCCUACUAUGACAGCACCACAGGAAAUGGCCAGUGGGCGUCUGACGAUAUCCCUGACGACCUGAACAUCAUCAACCGUGUGAGUGAGGCUGGGGAGACGGUUGGUCUGCCGCAGGGUGUGUUGGCUGGCAAGCCUGGUGCUGAUCAACACCCAACACUUUCACCAACCGACCGGCUUCGUGCCUGCUUAACGAAAAACCCAGUUAGUGGCCUCAUGGAAUAUUCACAGGGCUCAGCAUUGCAGUGUGAAUUCAUCCUACUCGCCCAGACAGGGCCAUCCCAUGACCCGCGGUUCAGAAUGCAAGCUGCUAUAGAUGGCCGGAGAUUCCCUCCAGCUGAAGCUAACAGCAAAAAGACAGCCAAGAAGGAUGCAGCAACCAAUGCCCUGAAAGUGCUGCUGAAAGAGAUUCUGGGCGAAGACAUAGAGAUUCCUCCAUCCUCUCCCCAUCCCGAGCCUCCGAUCACAAGGGAGUGUACAGCUCUUCCAAGUGAAAUUAAGACUGAACCAUGUACCGGGUCUCAACCCACGCUGCCUGUAGGGAAAAAUCCAGUCUGCAUGUUAAUGGAAUAUGCACAGAAGUCAGGCAAUGCAUGUGAAUUUCAACUGGUAUCACAGAGUGGUCCUCCCCAUGACCCUAGAUUCACCAUCAUGGUUAAACUGGGGAAUGAGACCUUCCCAACAGCUACAGCUAACAGCAAGAAGCUGGCCAAGAUGUUAGCAGCAAAGGCUGCUGUCGUCAAUCUCUUGGGAAAUUCUCCUCCCUUUCCUUCCAAGCCCUCAGACAUGAACAUGGAGAAUUCUGUUGCUCAAGGUUCCGUUCCGUCCCUGUCAUCGAUGGACUUGGAGGCCGCCCAUGCAGCUGGCCUGGGAGAGCUGAUCACCUACCUGAACAAGAACCCCAUCGGAGGGCUCCUGGAAUACGCGCGCUCAAAGGGAUUUGCAGCCGAGCUCAAGAUGAUAGACCAGUCAGGGCCGCCACAUGAUCCCAGGUUUACCUACCAGGCAAAGGUUGGUGGUCGCUGGUUCCCUCCGGUGAGCUCCAGCAGCAAAAAGCAGGCGAAACAGGAAGCAGCGGAUGCUGCUCUCCGUGUCCUCAUUGGUGAGGGUGAGAAGGCAGCUCGGACGGGAGAGUUUCCUUCAGAGCUGCCUGUGUCCGGGGGUACAAUGCAUGAUCGGAUUGCCAUGCUCAGCCACCAGUGCUUCAACAAUUUGACUGCACGUAUCCAGCACAGCCUGUUGGGUCGAAAGAUCCUGGCAGCCAUCAUCAUGAAAAAAGGCGAUGAUGAUUUGGGGACUACCGUCAGCCUGGGUACAGGUAAUCGAUGUGUUAAAGGAGAAGAGCUCAGUCUUAAAGGGGAAACCGUUAAUGACUGUCACGCAGAAAUCAUCUCCCGGAGGUGCUUCAUAAGGUUCCUGUACAAUGAGCUGUUGAAGUAUAACCCUGCGUCUCCAGAUGACAGCCUUUUUACUCCAGCUCACGACAAGAGGUUACAGAUUAAGCCAGGAAUAACAUUUCACCUCUACAUCAGUACUGCACCGUGUGGUGAUGGAGCCCUGUUUGAUAAGUCGUGCAGUGAACCCCCCACUAAAGAAGGGGACGACACACAUCACCCCCUAUUUGAGAACAUGAAGCAAGGCAAACUGCGCACCAAGGUGGAAAACGGUGAAGGCACCAUCCCAGUGGAGUCGAGCGAUAUUGUCCCAACAUGGGAUGGAAUUCAGCAUGGGGAGAGACUCCGUACCAUGUCCUGUAGCGACAAGAUCCUCCGCUGGAAUGUGCUGGGUCUUCAGGGGGCUCUGCUCUCCCACUUCAUCCACCCUGUCUAUCUCAGCUCCAUUACCCUCGGUUACCUAUACAGCCACGGGCACCUAGCUCGAGCGGUCUGCUGUCGCAUGUCUCGGGAUGGGGAAGAGUUUCAAAGGAGUCUACCUUACCCUUACGUACUGAAUCAUCCACAGAUUGGCCGGGUUAGUGUCUACGACUCAACACGACAGACUGGGAAAACAAAGGAGUCGAGUGUCAAUUGGUCCUUGGCGGAUGGGACAGAAGUGGAAAUUUUGGACGGAACCAAAGGGAAAGUUGAUGGGCCUCAGCUGGAUGUCUCCCGGGUCUCCAAGAUCAACCUGUACGAUCUCUUCCGGCAGCUUUGCAAGAAGAACGAGCGGCAGGAUCUGCUGGCGAUGGCCUCCUACUCUGACGCCAAGGCAGCAGCUGCAGACUUCCAGAAUGCACGCACCCUCUUCUUCAAAGCGCUGGAGCAGAUGAACUAUGGUAACUGGAUCCAGAAACCUCUGGAGGAGAAGAGCUUCAUGAACAGUGAAGCGUAGUUUCCCGCGUCAGGGAUUGGUAGGGGAGAGGGUGGGGGGGGGGUGGGUGUGGGGGCUGUGGGUUUACAGGUGGGGCAGCAAUUCUGUACAGCGGUUGUAGAGAUUUAAAAAAAAAACUCAAAACCUUUUUAAAAAAAAAAUUACCAUAUAAUUCCCGACAUUCCUUUAUAAAUCUGUCGAAUGUUUAUAAUCGAAUGUAGUUUAAAAAAAUAAUGUAGAAUUGAUUUUAAAAAAAAACAAAAAGUCUUUUAAGCUAAGGAGUAGAGAGAUUCUUGAGGGGGAGGCCUCUUUCACACAAAGGCCUCCACAAAGCCCGAGGAGUUGAACAUUCCUCUCGGGAAGGAGGUAGGAGACCCAGUCUUGGCAUGGCACUGUCAUAACUCAAUCCCUUUAUGUUACUGGACCAACUGCAUGACUCUGGAAAAAGGGGAUGGGAAGUGGGAGGUAAAUCGGUUUGAAGCAAAGCCUUUGCCAGCAGACUGUGGUCGUGCCCGUUGGCCAUUUGGAGCUGGCUUCCUCUUCCGUUUCUACCCCUUGCCCCCCGAGACCCUGCUUGCAUGCCUAGCAGCUUCGAGAGUCUGGUUACAUAACUCUUGCUAAUGUUCAGGUUACGGAGCUAACAGAGUUCCACCAAGACCCACUUUCCUACCCAUCUCUGAUAUGGGCAAGAUGAUACCCGUGCUCGCCUCCUGUUUUUUUUGGAGAGUGAUCCAUGCAAUGUUGGCACACCACCUGUUUUUUUCCUUUAACCCGCAUUACAUUUCCGCACCUGAGGAACUGAAACACUCUCCAGCUCAGGUUUCAGACUCUGCCCUCCUCCCCGGUUGCAGGACUGACUGUGUUCCUGGGAUAAGCCAGGAAUAAUCCACCCAGUGGGCAGGACAGAAUUUGUGUGCUUGUGCCACUUGGGCACAAGUCAAGAUCUGUCUUUGAAAAUGAAUAACACCUAAUAAAGGAAGGAUAGGCUACCUGUCUCCCCCAAAAGCCAUACAUCUGUAUGGCAGACCUACAACAUCUCCAGGAAAGGCUGGAUGCUGUUCUUUUGCAGAGGAGGUGGGGGAACAGUAUGCGACUGUCAACAGUAUGGGAAUAUGUUGAGGAGCCAACUAGCUGGGAGUCACCGUUUAACCUACCUCUCCUUGAGCUAGUUGCAGACGCCUAUGACAGCCUGAUGUGCAGCCCUGUGCGCUCUGCGAAUGUGUGACCUUUCUGCCAGGUUUCGGGGUUACAGGUGGGAGGGGCUGCAGCUGGAGACUGGAACUCCAGCUACAGAUGGGACCGUGAGCUCAGUGGGUUCAAAGAGUCUCAAUUACCUGUGUGUGCAAGUGAAACCACAGCGGCCCUGUUGGUGUUGCAUGUUUUUUUUAUUGUUCAUUAUUAAAAGACUGACCAGCAA